AUGACCCCCGAGAAGGAGCUGAGUGUUGAGUUGGUGAAGCUAAAAAUACACCUAAAAAUACACACAGGAGAGAAUCCGUAUUCCUGUACUGACUGUGGGAAGAGAUUCACAACAUCAGGGAAUCUGACGGUUCAUCAGAGAGUGCACACUGGAGAAAAGCCUUACUCCUGCUCUGACUGUGGGGCGAGUUUCUCUCGACUGGGCCACUUAAAAACACAUGAACAUAUACAUACAGGAGUGAAGCCUUACUCCUGCUCUGAUUGUGUAAAAUGCUUCACAACAUCAGCUGAGCUAAAAGUUCAUCAGAGAACACACACAGGAGAGAAGCCUUUCUUCUGCUCUGACUGUGGAAAUAGUUUCUCUCAACUUUCCCACUUAAAAACACAUGAACGUAUACAUACAGGAUUGAAGCCUUACUCCUGCUCUGACUGUGGAAAGAGUUACUCUGUACUGUGCAACUUAAAAACACAUGAACGUAUACAUACAGGAGUGAAGCCUUACUCCUGCUCUGACUGUGGAAAGAGUUUCUCUCGACUGGACAUCUUAAAAACACAUGAACGUAUACAUACAGGAGUGAAGCCUUACUCCUGCUCUGACUGUGUAAAAUGCUUCACAACAACAGCUGAGCUAAAAGUUCAUCAGAGAACACACACAGGAGAGAAGCCUUACUCCUGCUCUGACUGUGGAAAGAGUUUCUCUCUACUGAGAACUUUAAAAACACAUGAACGUAUACAUACAGUAGUGAAGCCUUACUCCUGCUCUAACUGUGGAAAGAGUUUUUCUCAACUGGGCCACUUAAAAACACAUGAACACCUGGCCCAAUGGAAACCUGUCCAGUGA